AUGCCUGCUAAGAAGAAAUCUUUUCUUGCAACAUUACCUGUUGAGCUUGUUCAUCGAAUUUUCGAUCAUCUCAAAACGGAGACAAUUCUUUUCUCAAUUCGGUACGUAUGUAAACGAUUCUAUUCUAUUACUAAUACCUACAAUGGCUUUGAUCUUGACUUCCGUUAUAUGUCAAGAUCUGAUCUACCUUUCAUAGCACGUAUUAUUGAUCCGAAAAAUGUCAUUUCACUUACGCUUUCAGAUGAAAUACAAACACCAGGCCAAAUUCGAUCAUUUCUUAAUCAUUUUCAUAUUGAAAGGUUCAUUCGAUUACGUUCAUUGAAUCUUGUUAAAGUUGAAUGCAAAGAAUUAGAUACAUUUCAAAAACAUAUCAGCAAAUGUCGCCUUACAACACUCUCAAUUGCACCUAAUGUGUAUUAUAAAGACGGUCCAACAGCACUCAUAUCAUCUAUUAUAUCAAACAAUGAUCUUCGUAAAUUUGAAUACACGGGAUUUUGUAAUAUUUUCAAUAAAAUACAAUUGCCCAUUCAAUGUGGACUGGAGCACUUAACAAUUAGUCAUUCCAAUUGGGAUUCAGUUUAUUCUAUUAUUUUUCACUUACCUUAUCUACAAACACUUGUAGUAAAAAAUGUUAUUUGGAAUCAAUUCAAUUCAAUUACUUUUACAUAUCCUGAUAUUCCACAGUCAAGUCAUUUAACUUCGCUUUCAUUAAACUUCAAUUAUGACAUGCCAAUAAACGAUGUUGAAUCAGUUCUUUCAUUUUUACCAAUGCUAAUGCAUCUUCGACUGAUUAGCGAGAGACCUUUAGAUGAUCUUCAAUUGUUUAACGGUUUCCGAUGGGAGAAUUUCAUACAGACGAAAUUACCUCUAUUGAACAGGUUCGAAUUUUGGUUCACUUGCCUUGUGCCCACUGAUUCAAAUUGUACUACUGUAGAAUCACUGAUUGCAUCAUUUCAAACAUCAUUCUGGCUCGAAAUCAAACAGUGGAUUAUUAAAUGUGACUAUGAAUACAAGAAAUAUCAUUCGAAGUUUCAUCUCUAUUCGAUACCAAUCGUUCGAGAUAACUUUGAUUAUUAUGAACAAGAAACUACAAUUCUUCAUUCCGCGUUGAACACCACUGACAACGAUGCAACCAUCAUUGUCAAUGCACGUCAAUUGUCCUUGAACUUAAGCCAAAUGAUGACUAAUAGCAUUUCACACUUAGUAAGUGAUAUUUUAUAUUUUUAA